UCAAAAGGCGGAUAUUUUUUAAAUCGCGCUGAAUGUUAUCGCAGCUAGGAUGAAAUUUUGUUGAUCGCAUUUUUCAAACAGAAAAAUGUUUAAUAAAGUGUUUCAACGCGCCCUUAAGUUUAGAUUAAAAAAGAGUUAUCCAACGAACAUAUACGAUAUAUCCAGAGGUGCUGCUGUCGCUGUACGUAGGCCUUACAGUGAUGAAGUAAAACGCGCGCAAAAUGCAGAUGUAAAUUCAUCGGGUCCGACGAUAUUCGAUAAAAUAAUAUCGAAAGAGAUUAAAGCGGACAUAAUAUACGAGGAUGAACUGUGCUUGGCGUUCAACGAUAUCGCUCCGCAGGCACCCGUCCACUUCUUAGUGAUACCGAAACGUAAAAUUCCUCGGUUACAGGAUUCGGAAACUGGUGACAGAGAGCUCCUAGGUCACCUAAUGCUGGUAGCUCGGUCACUCGGCGCUGCGCGUGCGCCGCAAGGCUGGCGUCUGGUGGUGAACAAUGGAGUACACGGAGCCCAAAGCGUCUACCACUUACACUUGCAUGUGCUCGGUGGUAGACAAUUGAAGUGGCCACCGGGGUAAAUAUAAUUAACUGGUGUCAAAAAUAGGAGGUGGAUGGGGGGGGGGUAAAUUUGGUAUUGUAGUUAAUUUUGAAAUUUAUAUUAUAUUCCUGAUGUGUAAAUUUAGAGGCAAAAUAGGACUCGAUAACUUCGAACCAUUUAUGUAUUGAAGAGUUAUUUUUUUACACAAAGUCAUUGGCUAAUAUUAGAAGAUCGUACAAGCUCAAAUUAUUUAAUUUAGGGGAGGGGGGGUGGAGUAGGUUUUUGGUGCAACGGUAUCCUUUGUCCUUCCUUAGGGUUCAAUCUUUGCUUUAUACUUCUUUGUGAAAACUUAACAGACAGACAGAUUUUCGUUCGCAUGUAGGUAUAAUACUACUAUAGAAUCAAAAUGUAUGUUGCUAUACAUAUAUAUUUAAUUAGACCAAAUUAACUUGACAAAGUUGUAACCCAUGCACAAGUGCUUCCCUUUACCAUAAUCAAAGUUCUCGUUCCAUGGAAAAUUAAAUUAAAAUGGAAUUAUAUAUUGUUAUAUUUCAAAUAUACAAAAUUUUCUUUGUUAUCUGUUAA